AUGACGGAUCUUAAUGAGAUCUUUUCGAUCCAGAUCUUCUUUAUCAUUCUUCGAGAAACGCUAGAAACGGCGAUCAUCAUCUCGGUGCUACUUUCGUUCAUCAAUAAGAACAACCCUACGUCUGACGAAGUGGCCCCACAAGAUGAAACAGAGGAAGCUCGUCUAGAAAGGGAAGCCAAAAACCUCCAUGUCAAGCUGGUAAACCGCAGUCUCCGGCUUCAGGUGUGGUUAGGUGCCAUUUGUGGUUUGCUUGUCUGUUUGAUCAUCGGCAUAGUCUUCAUCGUUCUUUUCUACUUCGUGGAGAAAGAUCUUUGGUCAUACACAGAAAGGCUUUGGGAGGGUGUCUUUUCGCUUCUUUCGAGUGUCAUCAUCACGGUCAUGGGCAUUGGUUUGCUUCGAAUCAAUAAGAUCAUGAAGGUGAAGUGGUGGGUGAAGCUUGGCGAUGCGUACGCCACUCAGCUGCCUGGAAAGCUUGACGCUGACAUGACAGAGAUGGACGACUUCAACGGAAUGUCGACUCUGCAAGAUUCAGAUGCGCUUUUGGGAAACAACACGACGGCAAAGAAACAGAAAAAGGAGGGUUUCUCCACGAAAUACUUCUUGGCCAUUCUUCCAUUUGUUACCACUCUCAGAGAGGGUCUUGAGGCGGUUGUGUUUGUGGGAGGCAUUGGCAUGUCCCAGCCCUUGACGUCGCUUCCACUUGCUGUUCUUGCAGGUAUGGCAUGUGGUGCAGCAGUGGGCUACUCCUUGUACAAGGGUGGUAACAAGCUUUCUCUUCAGUAUUUCUUGAUCUGCUCUACAUGCUUUUUGUACAUUGUCAGUGCAGGUCUUAUGAGCAGAGGCGUGUGGUUCUUGGAGUUGGAGAGGUACGUGAGGCUCUGUGGAGGGCUUGAUGUCAGUGAAACUGGUAGUGGACCUGGCUCUUACGACAUCAGCACGGCCAUCUGGCAUGUGAAUUGCUGCAAUGGUCUUACUGAUGGCUGGUGGAUGGUUGCCAAUGCUUUGGUUGGGUGGACCAACACCGCUACCUACGGCAGCAUCUCGUCGUACUUGUUGUACUGGAUUUGCGUUUCGGCGUGGCUCCGUGCAAAGUUGUACGAAGAGAAGCACGGCAGAUUGCCUGUCAUUCCAUUGAAGUGGCAGAUGAAAAAAAUUAGAAAAAAGUUAAGGAUCUACGAGGCUAUGCAUCGUCAGCAGUCAACUGAGGAAGGCGAACGUGAAGCGGAGGCGUUAGCCUAUGUGGCAUGA